ACUUCAGACUUUGUUAUCGCACAUGCUUGGCGGUCUUUUGGCCGGUUUCUUCUGCAUGGGAUUUGGGCGCUCAUGCAAUGUAUUGCCGUUUAUAAGGGCUCGUCGACGCGUGUAUGGAGACAUCAUAUUGUAUAGGACUUAACAAACCAAAGCAUACCGAAGCUGCUAGAUAAAAAGACACACGAACGCGCUGGGACCGAACAGGCGCUUUUGCUCGGGUUUCUAGGUCCCCUGCUGUGAAGAAUGCCGUCCUAUAACCAUACGUCCAAUGGCGUCAACAUGGCCAACUUCCGUGCCCUCGGGGGCAAGAACACUGGUCGUGGGGGCACCUAUCGCGCGCCAUACGAAUGGACGCUGGAGAGUGUGGAGCAAAUGGGACUUGGAGCAACUGAGAAUCGCAUGAGCUCGACGCUACGAGAUGCAAGCAGCCAAUUGCAGGCUGUCGCAAGCGCAACGGUUGCCAACGACAUCAGCAUCGUGGACCGCGCGCUGACAACAAAGCUGAGCCAGACGGAGAGCCUUAAGAACAUGCUGGAGACGUGCCUUGCCGAGGUGAUCAGCGAGAUUGCGGAGUUGCUAUCCACCAAGAAGCGCCUGGAGGAGCGCAACGGCAAGGUGCAGGCGAAGAUCGGCGUCAACAGCAACCGCAUGCAGGUCCGCUCCUCCCGGCCGCCCCGCGAGAUGACCAUGGACGAGGUGGAGAAGGGCCUGAUCAAGCAGCAGGGCAUGCUGGGCUCCUUCUCGGACCGUGUGGCGCGCGCCGUGGCGCAGGUGGACCGCGAGGUGGCGCAGCUGGAGGCGGUGCGGGCCAAGCUGGAGGCGGACUUGCGCGACAAGACCGAGGCGCUGCGCGUGGACGAGGCGGUGCUGUCCAUCCCCACCGACCCCACCGUGGAGGGCACGCUCAGCCCCACCUUCCGCCGCGGCGCGGCGGACUGCCCGCCCAAGACGCCGCACACCUGGGUCCGCAACACCGAGGACAACCUGCGCAACGCGCACCACUGGUUGGCUGACUCGGCGCGCCUGCGCAAGGCCAUCGCACACGCGGUCGCCAACUCGCGCGCCACCGAGCACGACGUCGCCAACCGCCUCAAUGAAAACAUGCUGGCCAAGGUGGCGGCCACGCGCAACCUGCGCGAGGACCUGCAGGCGCAGCUGGAGAAGGUGCGGGAGGAGCAAGCGCGCGCCAAGGGCCAGCGCUCGGCGCUGACCUCGGCGCUGGACGACAAGCGGGGGCCGCUGGCGCAGGCGCGCGAGCGGCUGGCGGUGCGCAAGGCGCGCCCCUGCCGCGAGAAUGUGAACGACGAGGUGGAGGCGGCGCUGGCGAAGGAGGUGGCGCACCUGGCGGCGGUCACGCAGCAGCUCAGCGUUAAGGUCGCGGCCGUGGACCGCGAGAUUGCAGCGCUGGACGCCACGGCGGCGCAACUGGAGUCCAACAUCGCGGACAAGGACGACGCGCUGCGGGUGGACGAGCGGGUGGUGCUGCUGGACGGCCGCAUCAACCUGGCGCAGCGCCCGCCCAGCAGCGUGGCCAGCUUUGCCAUGUCGGACAUGUCGGCGCCGCGCACCCAGACGCUGGCGCGCAUCCGCGAGCUGGAGGCCAGCCUCACCAGCGCCCGCCGCGAGCGCGAGGCCAUGGAGUCGUCCAUCCGCCAGCUGCGGGACACGAUGGGGGGCGGUGGCGCCUUCUAAGCAGCUGCUGCAUUGCGGGCGGAAGGAGGCGCUGGCGGCCCCCGGCAAGCGGCCCGUUCGUGGAUGCUGCAGCGAAUGGUGUUGCAUGCAGUGGUGCGCGCGGCACGUGCUUUAGCUGCGAGGGCGUAGGAGGCCGGUCAGCGCUUAUGCGGUGAGUGGCAUUAGGCAGAGCAGAGCAGGUUUGCAGCUGUAGGCUUAGAAUGCGUGUAAGCGUUUGUGCUGCGCCCGGCGUAAGCGAUAGGGGAGAGGAGGGAGAUGCGGUAUGAACGAAGGCAUGUGGUGUAGGAGCCAGGCUUUCGUCAAAAUGCUGCCCAGCAAAACUGCGUAGGAGAGAUCUUGCAUGGAAUGCUUGUGAUGGGCGCCUUGUGUUGCCGUCCGUGAGUUCGCCUGGAUGUUCCGUGCGUAAUAGGCGAGGGCAGAAAGCCGUUAUCGGGAGCUGGUGUUUCGAAGUUUCGCGCUGUGCUAUAUGCGAGCAUGUGGCAUCGGCAGCAGCUGCACUGUCGGCGGUGGUGCGCCGCAGUGAGUUCCAAUCAACGAUGGAAACAGCGGCAGGCAGCGGGCAAUGAAGUUUCGAUGAUGGUAGUGGUUAGUUGUGCGCGCAGGCGGCGGGCGGGUGGUGUUGCUCCUUUUUUGCGCCAAGGGGGCAUGCAGUGCUAUGCUUGCGGAAUAUUGGGUUGGCGCCAGCUGGUCUAGGUGCCUGCCUUGAUGAUAGCACCUACUAUUCAUCCUUCUUCAGCUCCGCACACAAUGUCGUCAAGUUGUGCCAGGCCCAUGUGUCUAAUGAAGAAGCAACGUCAGGCCGUCGUGCUAUUUAUGGGGCCGUGGGGAACUUCUGUUGAUCAGGGAUGCAUGUACGUAGCCGCCCGGCUGCCGUCCGCUGGCCUCCGGUGCGUACUGCAAAUAAGCGGGAAUGUGCUGGAUGUGCCGUGUGUGGCUCAAGGGAGGGGCAGGACGUUGUGCGUAGGUCUCGGGUCGGUUGAAAUGCGGUAGUUGGUAGCCUUGUGAUUCUGUGAACUGAUCAGGUGCACCGAAAGGGUGCGCCGUUAGGCCGCGUGAGUAGCUCCCAGGAAGAGCUGGGUUCUGGAUGCCUCGGGCCUCCGCAGCGUGUUAGCUAGGAUUGUACUGGAGUAUUGACCCGGCCCUGUAAACUUGUCA